AUGAGUAUGUUAAGAAACGACCAACGGACCAAAGGUAAGGUGUUUAAUACUUUACAAAGCUGUACACUUUGAUAGUUAAUAAUUCUUUAUAUUUUGAAUUUAUAAACUUGUACCUAAACAACAAAAAAAAGUAAUGCAUUUCAGGUGUGACAUAUAUCAGAGCCCCAACAUGCCUACCCCCAGAUGAGCUGGAGCCAUGCUUGAGGAAUGGCAUGUCCGCCUCCAUCGUAUCGAACCGUAACCAUUACCCACUAGUUGAGGGCAAUAAAACACGCUUCAGAGGUACGUAGUUAUUUUUGAGUGCCGCCACUUAGAGCCAAUUAACUCCAAUUACACUUGCUAAUCCACGAGAUUAUUCUUUCAGAAAUCGACCAUCGGCCGAAGAGGAAUGAUUGUAUGGGGAAAUGUGUCAUCUGUCUACUGAUACAAGCCAUCUUUAUCUUUGGGGUAUUCCUCGCCUUUCUUGUUGGUCAUUGGGUAUCAGAAGUCGAAUUCGGAAACGACGUAAGUUCGAAAGACAACAAUCUAAUACUCCUAACAGACUUUCCUGCUCACCUCUAUUAACCAACUUAAUCCUAACUUCACCUUAACUCUGCUUAACACUACUUUUAACAAUGACUCCGAGUCAUCCAACCUUCCCUCAUCCGAGUUGCAAAUUCAGCGACAAAAUAUCAGGAAUAUAACCUUGUUCGACGUGUAUCCGCCGCGAAAAGGUACAGAAGACACAUUGAGCUUCUAUCAUCGGAAAAGUAAAUAUAACGAUUAUACUAUCAACCUCCCCGACUACUUCAAACCAGUACAUUAUGACCUCAAAGUAAGUUUAAAAUACGAAAUUUUUAGUGAUAAAAUAGUAUUUAACAAAUAUAACUUAAAAAAUUUUAUUUUUAGCUAGACUUCACAGAAUUUUCGACGGCCGAACACAUACGAGGUAACAGUACAAUACUAUUAGAGUAUUCAGGAAACAGAACACAACAGAACAUUGUAUUCUACGCAGCCUCAAACAUCUUCAUCUACCGACUGAAAUUAGAACAUGACAAGAAGACAGUGAAGCUAGGAGAAACCACCAGAGAAUUCAGCAAGAACUUGGUCACCGUGCAAGUGAAAGAGAAGUUAAAACAUUCAUGGUACAAACUCAAGAUCGAAUUCAGAACACGAAUAUGUCAAGGAAAUGGGAAGGGAAUUCAUUGCAUCAAACGAUCGACGUAUAACAAAGUCUGUUUAAAUUUCGAAUAUUUUUUUUUAAUUUUAAUUAAUGUCAAACUGAAAAUUUAACUUUAAAAAAUGACAUAAAUAAUAUUAAUUUAGGACAACGCAACCACCACCCACAGAAUGGCCGGUUUUACCACAAAAUUUGAACCCACCUUCGCUCACACGUUUCUACCAUGCUGGGACGAGCCUAAAAUAAAGUCUACAUUCAACAUUACAGUAAGACAUAAUGUGGACCUUACUGUUCUGUCUAACUCAAAGUUAACAGAGGAAUUCGAUGAGAUCAACACCCAAAACAAAGUCUCGCGUUUCAAAGAAACUCCCCGAAUGUCAAUCUACCUGCUCGCCUUUGUUAUCACUGACUUCACACCACUAGAGUUGAGGACGCAAAGGAAUCUGCCAUUGACAUUAUGGUUGGAUCCUCAAAAAAUGGCCGCUGGGCAUUUCACUGCCGGAUUUGCACCUGCCAUCUUUGAUAGAAUUGAGAAAGACUUGGGAGUUUUAUAUCCAUUACAAAAAUUGGACAUUGUACUUACACCGAACUACCCGGUAGGAGGGAUGGAGAAUUGGGGCCUGAUCGUGCUACAAGAAGAGGCCGCUUUGAUCUCGUCCAUGACUUUAGACGAACAAAAUAUGACUGUAGAUAGGUUGGCUGAGCAAUACAGGAUAGAAAAGAUAACAACUCAUGAGGUAACAGUUUUGCAAUAUCAAAACUAUAAAAAGUAAUUAGUGCCGUUGGAUACUUACAUAAUUCUUGCAGAUUGUUCAUCAGUGGUUUGGAGACCUAGUCACUAUGGCUAAUUGGUCAAACUUAUGGCUAAGCGAAGGUUUUGCUACCUAUUUUGUUUUCGACUACUUGAACUUUGACCAUCCUUAUCUAACAGACAAUGAGUACUACCUACAACUCACAGAACUGACACAAAGCCAGGUAAGAAUAAAAGUUUAUUGGUCCCUAAGUUUUGCAAUAGAAAAAUAGAAAUCAUUCUACUAUUACUAAUAUAAAUGCAUAUUUGCAGACAUCAGAUUCACCAACAUCCCUAGCAGAAUCUUUAAAAGGAGUUAAUUCUGUAAAUGAACUUUUUCACCAUGUAAACGUCUACAUCAAAGGAUCAGUUAUUGUCAAGAUGAUCAAGGAUUUGCUCGGUGUUGAGACCUUCAGAGAAGGAAUCACAAAGUUUUUAAAAACUAAUUCUUACAACGCCGUUGAUACCAACAGUAUUUGGGAGUCAUUUGCAGUAUUUGCUGAUCACGGAGUAGAAGAAGAACGAUUAUCCCAUGUUAUGCAAAGUUGGAUAGAAAACGUUGGAAUGCCAGAAGUUAUCAUUAGUAGAAAUUACGAAGAACAAACUGUACGAAUUACUCAGAGGACUUCUAACAAAAACAACUACAUUAUUUUCUUGAACGAAGACAGCAACGACGUUAUUAAAGACAAAGAGAAAGCCAAAAGAAGUACAGAAACAGAAAAUUUUCAAUUCAACGAUACGGUACUCUUAAACAUGGAUACGGUACCUCCAAAGAAUGUACGACGAAAGAAAAAUCAUCGAAGGAAAAAGACAAACAAAAUAGAACAACAAAACAAAACUGCUGUCUUUGGCAAUCAUCAACUACGAGAUGCUCAAAACAGACAAAAAUCAUUGUCAUGGGACAAGUUUUCUGUAAAACGAGAACAAACGCGCCGGAAAGCGAAAGACAACCAGUUAUGGUCAAUUCCCUUCAGCUACAGUUUCGGUUUCGUACAAUCAUCUGAUGGACAGACAGUUCGGCAGUUUUGGCUACACAAUGAAACCAUUAGAUUUGUCGACCUCGCUGUACAACCAUACCAAUACAUAUUAGUCAACCCUCAUUGGAUUUACCCUUAUAAAGUAAACUACGACAUCGACAACUGGAAGAUGCUUAUCAAGCAACUUUAUCGAGAUCAGACCGUGAUUCCUGUAAUGUCUCGGAUGCAGUUAUUGGUAGAUGCAGAAACGUAUUUGAAACAAAGCGGAGUACCUCAGCUUUACGUUCAUCUACUUGGUUACUUGUACAAAGAAGAAGACCUAGGAGUACUAUUGCAGGGGCUGGAUCAGAUACAUGACUUUGUGGACAUGAUCAGUGGGACAAACUUGAUAGGUCCACUGCUUGUUCAUUGGAACCCAGUAAUAAAACAACUAGACAAACUGUUAGAAAACACCGCUACAAACCCUCAAUUGGCAGCUGUGUGGCUACUCAGCCCCAGAAGACUAUCCAAAUUGUACCAACUGAGAUGUGUAGGUAACAUAGCAUCUUGUGAUCAGAACAAACAAAUGUCACAGUGGAUGGCUCAUCCAACAGCAUUAGAUCCGUCCCACCAUCAACAAAUAACAGCCAUCUGUCAUUACCUAUUCACGCAAGCUGGGCCUUCUGAAUUGUCUAUGCUUAUGGGACUUCUGAAGCUGAGAAGUGGCCAAUGGUCAGUCAAUAUUCAACUUGCAACUUGUGUGCGAGAUGAAACUUUGAUAUCAUCUGUGGUAGACAAAAUCAUCAAAACCAAGAAUGCAGCUGUGUAUCUGUCCGUCUUACAAGUAAGUUUUUCUGAAAAUAAUAAAGUAACGUAACUUAUUGUUCUCAAAUCUUCAAGUUCUUUUAUAUACAGUGGAACUCCUGUAUAACGAAUCGCUCGGAGACUGGAAAUUUGUUCGUUAUAAAGGAGUUUCGUUAUACAGUAGUUUUAAAUGCACUGUGUAGUGGUAGACGGGAAUUCAAAAGUUGUUCGUUAUACGGGAGUUUCGUUAUAGAGGAGUUCGUUAUACAGGAGUUCCACUGUAUAACAAUAAGAUUUGAAAGUCAAAAUAUGAAAAAAUAAAACGUGAAUUUUAGGGAUCUUAUACAGUACAGUACAAUAAACAGUUCCGCGAAAUGUUUUGGCGAGGCAUCAGCCAUCUGUCAACCCACGAACGACAACUUUUGUUUGCCGUUAACACGGGCAAAUCCGACAAAAUCGGACGUUACCUACUACACGCAACAAGAACCUUAAGUGAACUGGAUAGCGUUGAGUCUUUGCUACCAGAAUGGCCUCAAAAUUUGAAAGUUCACUUUGACUACUUGAGACGAAAACACAAAUGGAUCAGCGAUUCUGUGGCUUCAAAAGUCCACAACUAUUUAAUGGAAGAAGUAGAAUAA